CCUGUUUUCUGCCCUACUCGUGUUUUCUUCUUCCUCGUCAGUGUCUCUACCUACAGAGACCACCUUCUUCAUUUUUGCUUAAGCCUUAAACCAAAGAUUCUUGAUUAUAAACUUUAACCCAAUAUUAUGAUCAAUACACACAAGUUCUUUUUUUUUUUCCACUCUUCUUCAUGAGAAUCUGAGUUGAUAAAAGGCAUGCUCUUUUACACCUUCACUACCAAACACUUCACUUCAAAGCUAAUAAUCCCAUGUAGUAAGUCUUUCUCUAACUUCACCAUUAUUAACAGUUUCUUCUCAGCUCUUUCUAACCCUUCUUCUGAUACUGAACAUGAACCUCAAUCAAAUGAUGCAAUUCCCAACUUGGUUUCUUUAAAAACUGAAAUGGAACUACCCAUUCCUGAUAAUUUUGCACCAAAACCCAAAUUGGAUUCUUGUAGAACUGAAAUGGGACUACCCAAAGUUGCCCCAAUACCCAAGUUUGAUUCUUGUGGAACUAAAGUAGAAGAACCCCUUUUUGAUAAUUCAUUUAAAGUUGCCCCAAAACCCAAGUUGGGUUCUUGUGAAACUGAAAUAGAAGUACCAAUUUCAGAUAAGUUAUUUAAAGAGGCUCCAAAGUUGGGUUCUUUUAAAUUGGGUGAUUCUACAUUUUAUUCUCUUAUUGAGAAAUAUGCCAGUUCUGGGGACUUUAGGUCUUUAGAGAUGGUUUUUGAUAGAAUGAAGUGUGAAAAAAGAGUCUUUAUUGAGAAGAGUUUUAUCUUAGUAUUUAGAGCUUAUGGAAAAGCCCGUUUGCCUGAAAAAGCUGUUGAAUUGUUUGAAAGAAUGGUGGAUGAGUUUCAAUGUAAACGGACUGUGAAGUCGUUUAAUUCUGUUCUUAAUGUGAUAGUUCAGACAGGGUUAUAUCGUCGUGCAUUGGAUUUUUAUGCUGAUGUUGUAAAUAAUAGGAAUAUUAAGCCGAAUGUGCUUUCUUUUAAUUUAGUUAUUAAGACCUUUUGUAAGCUUCGGAUGGUUGAUAGAGCUAUCGAGGUGUUUAGAGAAAUGCCUACCUGGAAAUGUGAACCGGAUGUUUAUACGUAUUGUACUUUGAUGGAUGGGUUGUGCAAAGAUGACCGGAUUGAUGAGGCAGUUAUUCUUUUUGAUGAAAUGCAGAUAGAGGGAUGUUUUCCUAGUCCGGUAACAUUUAAUGUGUUGAUUCAUGGACUUUGUCGGAAAGGUGACUUGGCUCGAGCUGCAAAGCUUGUGGAUAACAUGUUUCUUAAAGGUUGUGUUCCGAAUGAAGUGACUUAUAACACACUUAUACAUGGUUUGUGUCUGAAAGGUAAGUUGGAGAAAGCUGUUAGUUUAUUGGAUAGAAUGGUGUCGAAUAAGUAUGUGCCAACUGAUGUAACAUAUGGAACGAUUAUCAACGGGUUCGUUAAGCAAGGAAGAGCAACUGAUGGUGUGCAGAUUUUGUUGGCAAUGCACCUGAAAGGGCGAAUUGCAAAUGAAUAUGUCUACUCAGCACUACUAAGUGGGUUGUUCAAGGAGGGAAAACCUGAAGAGGCAUUAAAAAUAUGGAGGGAAAUGAUUGAAAAGGGAGUGAAACCAAAUACAGUUGCUUAUUCUGCUUUUAUAGAUGGCUUGUGUCGAGAAGGCAGUCCUGACGAAGCUAAGGAGAUCCUUUCUGAGAUGAUUAAAAUGGGUUGCAAUCCCAAUGCUUACACUUACUGCUCUAUGAUGAAAGGUUAUUUUAAAGCCGGCGAUAGCAACAAGGCUGUAUUUUUAUGGAAAGAAAUGGCAACUAGUGGUAUCACAUGCAAUGAAAUCUGCUACAGUGUACUCAUCCAUGGACUGUGUCAAGAUGGGAAGCUCAAAGAGGCUAUGAUGGUGUGGAAGCACAUGUUAGGCAAAGGGUUUGUCCCUGAUGCCGUGGCUUAUAGUUCAGUGAUUCACGGCCUUUGUAAUGCUGGUUCUGUAGACCAGGGAUUGAAACUCUUCAAUGAGAUGCUAUAUAGAGGAUCUGGUUCUCAGCCUGACGUAAUAGCAUUUAACAUAGUUCUUAGCGCUUUAUGCAAGGUGGACAGAGUUUCUCUAGCAAUUGAUCUUUUGAAUACCAUGUUGGAUCGAGGUUGUGAUCCUGAUGCUAUUACAUGUAAUAUUUUCUUGAAAACUUUAAAUGAAAAAGCAAAUCCAUCCCAAGAUGCGGAAGACUUUCUGGAUAAGUUGGUGUGGCAACUGUACAGGCGGCAGAGAAUUUUAGGAGCUUCAAGAAUUAUAGAAGUGAUGCUUCAAAAAUUUCUUCAUCCCAAGUCCUCUACUUGGGAAAUGAUUAUUCGAGAACUCUGCAAACCGAAGAAGGUUCAAGGAGCUAUUAACAAGUGUUGGAGUGACCUUUUCAUCUGAUAUUAGAGGUUAGUUUUUAUUUUGGUUGCAAAAAUGCAAUAUCCUGAAACAUUGUUUCCGAUGGGCACAUUGCUCGUUGGAGACAAAAGAGGACAGUGAGAUUCUUUCAGAGGAUUCAUUCUGUACAUUUCAGAAUAGGGGUCAUUCUGCUUGAGAUGUGCAUCAAGCAAUUACACAAUGACUGGACGACUGUUUAUUUCCAAACAGACACUUGCUUCCAUAGUUUAAACAUUACGUUUUUCUGUUAGUUUGUGUGUGUAUCUGUUGCACAUGUAUGUAACAGAAAAUGACAUUUUAUCAAUUAUUUCUACAAAGCUCUUAAAUGGAUACAGAAACCUUUCAAUUAGGAUAAUCUAGCGUUGUUCAGUCAUUAGGAUUAGGAUAAUAAAAAGCAAUCCGUAUCACUUGUAGAUUCCCCUUACAAGUUUUGAAUUUUGUCAGUUCCCUGGACUUAGGAUAGCCUAUUAUCUAAUUUAGCUAAACACCUAUAUUUUGUAACCUUACAUUUUGUACUGUUCUUGAUGCCAUCAGUGAAACUUUUUACUUCAUCAGAAGGAUAUUAAAAAGAAAGCGUCCACGUCAUUGAAUAUGUUUUUCUUCACUUUCUUACCAUAUGUUAGGUUUGAAAUCUAAAAGUUCUAACAAGUUUGUUACAUAUCAGGUUUGAAUAUUGAUGAUACUGCAAUACCCUAGUCAUGCAAGAUCAUUUAGAAAUGGUUUUGGUGAGUCUAAAAAGAGUUCAUUUAGGUUAUUGUUUUAGUAGUUGUUUACAUUUCUUAUUUACCUUUUGCUUCCUCUUUGUUUCAAUUUGUCUCAAGAUGUGUACUACAAUGUUUUAUGAGAGUUCUAAAAUGCUAACAAAGUUUCUGUAUAUGGCUUAUGAAAAUAAGUUUCAUAUUUUUGUUUGCUUAUUUUUUCUUUAUAUAAUAUUCCCUCUGGUAAGAGAGAGUGUGAAAAACAGGAGUUAUCAAUGUCCACUUGUCCAGUGUAAAUGCUGAUGGCAAAUCUUUGGAGCUUUCUUGAAAGAUGUUUGCAUCAAAUGUUGAUGUAUUUUUUGUUUCUCAGGAAAAAAAUAUUUUGCACUUAAAAUAAGCUGUAAAUAAUUGUAAUUAACUGAUAAUGUAGCAGAAGUGCGCUACUUGAUAUGAAAAAAAUGGAUAUGAGAGAGUGUGUGCUUUCUACCAAUAACAAAUGUGUGUGGGCUUUCUCUGAAAGCAUUUCUUUUAAGUAGAUAUUGGGGCUAAUCGGUGACAAGUUCUUAUUUUGAAGUGCAAGAGAGACUAACAGUUUCAAUGUUAAAACUAAAAAUCAGCUUUUCAUUAAUUUCUAACUGCUCAAAGUUCCUCUAAAAAUGGUGCUACAAAAGAGCAAUUAGAUAACCUACAUUUUGUAUAUUGGGGCCUCAUCCCUAUAUAUUAAAUAUUUAUCUUACGGAAAAAAGACAACUGGAUAGAAAUCACAAAAUAAACGAUAGUUGUUACAGAGUGACUACCACAGUACCACUGAGCUGAAGCUACUUGGUAUUGAUUUUGUUGAAUCCAUAACACAGUACUACCAGGCUGCAAAGCUCUCUUCUGCGCGUUUUCCUCUGACCUUACUCUCUCAGUCAUUUCACUUCACAACUAAAAGUGCUUUCUACACUCAUAUGGAGUAAAUUUCUCUUCCUAUAUGCAGUCUAUUAGGUGAAUGCACAUGCGAAUAUUCGUCGUUCUUUAAUGUAUCUGAUGGUGCAUCUUGCAUAUGUUAACGUAAUUUUCUUUUGGUAAGGCUGCUAGAAUUAUUAUUUUUCGCUAAACUAACUUGGGAUCACAAUGGUGGGUGAAAGAAAUAUUGUGAGCGUGGUGGUUGCUAUGGGAAGCUUGCAAAUAAGUAGAAAAUGGCAGUGAGAACUCCACAGGGGUCCAUCACAUGAUGCUUUCGUGACGUGCAUGAGGUUGAAGCAUGAAAAAGCAGUAGAAGAUGACAACGAGAAUACUGUUUAAUCUGAAGUUGUAACUUUUGGGGGGGCAUAUAUUGUCAGAUAUGUUCGCUGGAGUGGUAUCGAUGUUUCCUAAGAAGCAUUGCUCGGCUUCUAGAAAAGUUCAAGAAAUUAUGAAAACGAUACAAACAACUAUGGUUCGUUUAAGAAUAAGUGCGAUGGAACUCAAGUCCCAGAUUUAAUCAUAGGUGUAAAAAAAACUUAUGCCCUAGCUUUUUCCAUGUCUUCUUCUGAGAUCUUUGAAGACAUUGGCAUCAAACUUAUGCCCUAGCUUUUUCCAUGUCUUC